AUGACCCGUACUGCUACAGAGACCAUUAUCCCAUUAGACGAUUCCGUAAAGGGCAAGCUAGAUCCUGAAUAUGUUGAUUUUUAUAACAAGUAUAUAUGCAGUAAUCUUCCAAUUGUCUUAACGCACACUUUUCCGGUGGACUUUUUGAGAAGCAACGGGAAUGUUAUGCCUGGACAGUCUGAUUUACUCCCGGUUAUGUCUACACAAAAUAUCAUAAUCCCCCGAAAGCACACAAAAGCGCCUACUGGCGUUUCAGUUCGCAUUUUUCAACCUCACGGAGAUGCUCCUGAAGGCGGAUGGCCUUGUUUACUAUGGUUUCAUGGUGGUGGUUGGGUCCUUGGGAACAUCAACACGGAGAAUUCGUUUGCUACUCAUAUGUGUGAGCAGGCUAAGUGUGUUGUUGUGAACGUUGAUUACCGGCUAGCUCCAGAAAACCCGUUUCCUGCUUGCAUUGAAGACGGAUGGGAAACUUUGUUAUACUGUUAUGAAGCUGCAAACGUCCUUGGUAUUAAUCCCAAAAAAAUUGCCGUAGGCGGUUCCUCCGCCGGUGGAAACAUUUCUGCAGUUCUUUCUCACAGUAUCACAUCAUCUUCAUUUGAUUAUCCACCUCUUGUUCUUCAGCUUUUGGUCGUUCCCGUUUGCGAUAACACAGCCAGUGCCGAAUCUCACACCUCUUGGAAGUUAUUUGAAAACACCCCUCAAUUGCCCGCUGCAAAAAUGUUGUGGUACCGCAAGCAUUAUCUACCAGAUGAAAAGGAUUGGAACAAUCCGAAAGCUAGUCCAUUUUUCUACGCUGAGUCAAGUUUCAGAAAAGUUUGCCCUGCUCUGAUAUGCGCUGCAGGCUGUGAUGUUUUAAGUACCGAGGCCGUUCAAUACCAUGAAAAACUAUUGAAUGCUGGCGUUAAAAGUAAUAUCAAAGUAUAUGAAGGCUGUCCACAUCCCGUUAUGGCAAUGGAUGCUGUUCUUAGAAAAGGCCGAAUACUCAAUAAGGAUGCUACUGACGCAUUGUUAGCAGCAUUUUCGUAA